AUGCGAUGCAAGCCAGCCGGUCCCAGGAAUGCAGACAAGGUCGAACACUUGCCCCCGCCUUCAGAAUGCGAAAACCCGAAGUACAUCGUGACGGGCACCAGAGACCGCUUCGGCUUCCUGAAGCCGGGGCGGCUGGACACCUUGCAGUUCCCGGCGGAAGAGUGGCACAAAUGCUGCUUGAUCAACGACGGCAAGAAGAUGCAGUGUGAAGAUGUGACAGCCAUGCCAUUCUCUGAGCUGAUCAAUCAGCAUCACGGAAUGUGUGGCUCGCACGCCUGCAUGGGUGCGGAUGAACGAUGCCUGCACGUAGAUCAUCAAGAGGAGGAGCUGACAAACCCGAAGAAGGGGCAAUGCCCUGGCUCCUGCAGUGGAGACUGCAUGCGCUCCUCGGAGCGUCUGGAAUGUGUCCGCCUAGGCAUGACCGUCCAGGAGGGCGGCACAGAAGGCCACGAUGCGCAAUAUGUGCGUGGAGCCUUCAACCAGCCAGAGAAAUAUGAAGUCUUUUCUUUGUCGAUGCCGCUGUGGCUGGAACAGUGGAGAAGGAGACGGAUGCACUGGGAGCAGUUCUUGUGA